UGUGUCCAAAUGUGAUAACCUGUAAAACAAGUUUGACUGCCCACUCCCAUACCUAACUAUACACUCAAAAAAGCAAUGGACGACUUGCAAUAAGAGUUAAGAGUUGCUGACCUGACUCACUUCCACCCUCCCCCCACACUUCCUUUUAAGUUCCGAGAUAACCGAACAACCACAGCUGAGAGGAAGUUUCCAUCUUUCAUGUAUGUGUGUCUACUGUUGAAGUGUGUUUGAAGAGCCACAAGCUGUCUCAAAGCUCUUCUUUCUGUAAGUGUGAGCAAACAAUUGAACAUAGCACAGUCUUCAUCCAGGUAUCCUAUAGACAAACUCCUGCUCAUGAAGAAGCUCUCCAUCCUUGCCAUGGCAUGUGGUUGCCAGAUCUGGGUUCUCUGCACUGCACUGGGGCAUCUCCUGACUCUGUCUUCAGGUCUGGCAACCCCACGGAUCUCCUUUCCUCUUGGAAGUCCAAACAGACCCCUUCAGCACUUCCAAAUACAAGACGUCAGUAACGCCGUCACUUUGUUGCUUAGCAACGAUGAGUCCACUCUCUUUGUGGGAGCCAGAGAUGCCGUGCUGUCACUGGAUGUCAGUCAGCCUGGUGUCUUUACCAUGAAAACCAAGAUGGAAUGGAAGCCAACCCCUGAAGAUCUUAAAGUGUGUUACCAGAAAGCCAGGACUGAGCUACACUGUCAAAACCUGGUCCGGGUGUUGCAGCAUAUCAACGCCACCCACUUGUAUGCCUGUGGAAGCUAUGCCUACAAUCCGCAUGACACAUACAUUGUUAAAGACAGUCUCACUAUGGUCAAAGACCCAAGCAAUUCUAAUGUCGAGGCCAAAGGACGAUGCCCUUUCAACCCGUUCCAAAGAAGCACAGCCAUUACAAUUGACGGUGAGCUUUUCACUGGGACCACCUCGGAUUUCUGGGGUAAAAAGGCUGUAAUUUCCCGCCAUCUCAGUAAGGACGGUCGUCCAGAUGUUAACCUGGAUAAGGAUACCUCAAUAAAUUUGUUGGAUGAACCGACGUUUGUUGGCGCCUCAACAGAUCCCGCAGACAGAAAGGUUUACUUUUUCUUCAGCGAAGUGGGAAAGGAGUACAGCUUCCCCGAUGAGCUCAGAGUCUCACGUGUGGCCCAGGUUUGCAAGGGUGACAUUGGUGGGAUAAGAACCCUCCAAAAAAGCUGGACUUCCUUUGCAAAAGCCCAACUGCUUUGUCAACCUCCAAAAGAUCUGCCCUUCGGCCUAAUCCAGGACAUAGCCCGCCUCCAGCCAGCAGAGGGCGCUUCAACCCAAAUGCUGUUCUAUGGCCUCUUCACAUCCCAGUGGUCACCCAACAAGUCUGCUGUGUGUGUCUUUGGGAUUAAGAAAAUUAAGGCUGUGUUCGAUGGGAUUUAUAAAGAAUUCAACAAGGAAUCCCAUCAAUGGAAUCCUUCUAGAAAAAAUUAUAACCUGGGCAGGUGUGGUUUGAGGAAUGCGUCCGACUCCGUUCUGACAAUGGCCAGGUUAAGUUUCCUGGCCAGUGACGUUGUGACACCUGUAGGUGGCGCUCCAGUCCUUGUCUCCCCUGACCAACACUACAGCAGGGUCGCUGUCCUGAGGACACAGGCGGCUAAUGGCAAACACUACACAGUCCUCUUCCUACUCAGUGAAUCUGGAUGGCUCCACAAAAUCGUUCUCCUGGAUGGGGGUCACCACAUCAUAGAGGAGAUUCAAGUAUUCAGCCAACCACAGCCAAUGGCUAAUAUCCUGCUGUCUACCGCCAAGGGUGUUGUGUUUGUGGGCACAUCGGAAAGGGUAACAAAGGUGUCCGUAACCCAGUGUCCAUUAUAUACGAGUUGUGCCCAAUGUGUCCUGGCACGGGAUCCCUUCUGUGGCUGGGACCAUGCCAGUGGAGUCUGUGCCAGAGUGUCCACUAGUCUUCAUUUUGGUCAGGACGUAGAGCAUGGUAACGUGACCAAAGAAUGUGGAAGCUACAACAGAGCAAUGCCGGAUCCUGAGAAAAUGUAUAUCUCAAUCAAUGCAAUAGUACGCCUGGACUGUACCAAACCCACCAAUCUGGCAACCCUAAUCUGGAAAUCCCCCAAAUGGGACACUCUGCCGAAGGAUCUCUUCAUCCAGUCCAGGGAAGGGAGUCUUGUCUUCUGGGCCAACUAUGACACUGAGGGAACCUACCACUGUGUGUCUGUGGAGAGGGGCUUCCAGGAGACCAUAGCAAACUACAUUGUGAGCCUGAGUGCCUCUCCACAUAGCUUUGCCUUACAGCCUGUCCAAAAACGGACCACUUCAAGUGACAACAUUCAAAGUAAGACAUCAUCAGAACAAGAGAACUCGAUGAAUCAGGAACAUGCGAACACCAUGAUGGACCUUGAUGAGGUUGAUGAAAACAUCAACUGGGAAGAAGUGUUAAACCCUGCCACUCCCGUGCCAACACCACAUUUACCAUACACACAGACAGACUCAACUACCCCCGGCAAGGCCCUAGGCACACAAACACACAGAAGCAACAUCAUUGAAAGUUUUGAACCCCAAAUGGCCAAGAGUUAUCAUAGUGAGCUAAUUGCAGUUUCCUUUCUGCUGGCAGUGUGUGUCUGCGUGUUUGUACUGGCAGGGCUUUAUGGGUGGCGCCAGCGUAGAACAUUUAAAUUAGGUGACCAGGUCAAAUCUGAGGGAGAGAGUCUUAGUUUCGAGGUCUCUGGAGUCAAACCGACAACGUACCAAUUUGAUAAUGUAAGCAACAAUGCAGAACAUGCCGGGGAGAUGUAGGCACAAUAAUGAAUUAAUUAAAUAAUAACACAUUGUAAUAUAUGGAGAAAAUAUGUAAAUACUAUAAAUAUGAAUGGAAAUACAACUGAAUAAAAUACUUUUUUGACAUU